AUGGAAAACUCACCGAACUCAAUUGAAGAUAUGCUUCUAGAAAAUUUAUUUCCAGAUGGAGAUUAUUCAAGUAUUUUCAAUGAUUUUCAUCACUUUGAUGAUACUAUAGACUUGAAUUGUAAUAAUUCAAGUAGUUUUUUACCGCCAUUACCAUCAGUUAAUAACGAUGGCAUGCAUUUGGAAACUAUCGAUACAAAUGGCAAUACUUCAUCAGAACUCUUUCGUUUUUUACCAGAUGAACAACGAAAUACGCUUGCAAUUGUUGAUGAUCGGCAGAUGGUGCCAAAUUCAACUUUUGAUCAAUAUUCGAGUAUUACAAAUAUGUCGAUGCCCCAAGAAACAAUUGAAAAUCAAAAUGUAUUAAUCUAUCAAAUGUGUCAAAUGUGUCCAACGAUGUUUAAAAUGAUCGAUGUUUCCAUGUCCGUUAAGCAGCAACCUAAGGCAAAUAAUCGUAUACGUUAUGAUUGUGAUGGUGUCCGAUUUUUGCCAGGCUCGCGAUAUCAUCCAUUGGCAAUUCAUAUCAAAAAUUUGCAGCGCAUUGCAUUAGCUAAAAAUCAAACACUGGGUAUCGUCACGACGAUAGUAACAAGUACAAAUAAUCUCAAAGGUCAAACAUUUGUUCAUGCAAAUGAUAUUAUUUAUCGUGGUCCAAAUGCAAUAAAAAUAGCAUAUGGAUGUGUUUUUGUUCCUUUGGGACCAUCUGAUAAUGUAAAAAAGUUUCGACGUCUGUCAAUUUUAUAUAAAAAAUAUAGUGACUAUACGUUUGAUCUUACACCAUUUAAUACAAAUACUAUGUUUGGAACAACAGAGAAAUAUACAGUCCUAAAUGAUCAAAAUAUGGAGAAAGUUCCGAAAGUAAAAUGUUUUAGAACGGAGUACAAUCUAUUAUCAUAUAAGUUGGUUUUUCAACUUGCGUUAAAAGAAGAUAAUAUGAUAUAUAUUUCAAAUGUUGCAUGUGAAACUGAUAUUAUUCAUGAACAAUUAAUGAAACAAAAAUCUGGUAAACGAAAAGCUUCAUAUUCAACUGAAAGUUUUUCAGAAGAGAAAUGUAAUUUCGAAAAGAAAAUUUCGAAUGCAUCGAAAAGAUUCAAGUCAUCAACACUACCGUUGACUGAACUUCCGGUAAAUAUACAUCUUCAUCGAAAUAAUAGAUUCGUUUGA